AUGCUGGCCUUGGUCUUGGCAUGCUUUCAAGUCUGCAGAGUCGCCUUCACCAGCAGCAAUGGCGUCAAACUGUGGGACAUAGCCAGUGGAUUGUCCGUUCCAUUCAAAACGCCCAACUCAUCUCCUGGGAAUGUUAAUGUCAGUAUUCAUACCGGGGCCACUGUCAGUCAGAAUGAUAGUCGGCAACGGCAACACCCUCGAAUUGCCAUUUUACUCUCUAUGGUACCCUCCAAAAUGUGGAGCCGGAGGGGUAUAGCCCAUGCCAAGGCACAGUUGGACCUAUACAUCAACAAGGCAUGCUAUGCCAAACUCUGGCACUAUGAUCUCAUUAUCAACACCACAAAUUCAUUCCAGGAAUACACAAAUAUCAAUAGUAUCAACACCACCAGAAAUCCCUACAGACCCUGGCUACAAUUUGGAGCUUGGAAUCGAGUCGAACACAUGCAAGCUCUAAUGGACUCUGGAAAAUACGAUUGGAUUCUUUACGGUGAUCAUGAUAUGAUCAUUCAAGACAUGACCCGGCCCAUUGAAUCCAUGUUGCAAGAAGUAGAGCUCUACGGAAAGGACAAAUCCGCCAGUGCAUUCGUUCCCGUGGACACUCCGGGCAGGAACGAAUUUAGAUUCUCUUCCUUUGGACUCAUGCUCAAGACAAAUCAAGUUGGAAGAUCCAUCCUCAAGCACUGGAGGGAAUUUGCCAUGGGAUUGUGCCCCAAGGGAAACUAUCUGCCGGAACCAGGAGAAGAAAACAACACGAAAGGUAUCACCUAUAGUUGGCGGCACAGUGACCAACCAGGGCUUUGGUACAGUCUUAUCAAAACUCAUCAAGAGUAUUCGUCGGUGCAUAGCAGCGACAGCAACAGCGACAACAACAAAGAUGCACACGCCAAUGAAAUGGUCCGGUGCAAUAGCGAUACAGGAUACUUUGUACAUUCAGCGGGCGAUCUUGGAAGUCACUUUUCAAAAUAUUUCCAACAAGCCCAAGUUGUCCGGGGAACGGGAGGUAAAGAUCUGGCCCAUGUCCCUGACAAUCAAUCCAUUCUUUGGUCCCACUUUGGCCAGGAUGAAGUGGAAAUCUCCGCAAGGAAUAACACCAUUACAAGUCAGAGGAUUGGGAAUGGGCCGUUUGCUGUCAACACACUGUGCUGUAUGAGAAUAAACAAACUGCAAGGACUCAAACCAGCCUUUGCCAUGCACACCAAGUACGGGAGCCGAAACUGGCCUGGAGACAUGCCACUGCAAUUACAACAAUGCAAAUCAAAGUUGGGAUGCUAUGCCAACCUUACAGAUGAGGGAGUACUGACAGUUGGGUGCCGUGACAUUUUGUACUUCUCGGAAGUACUUUUUGCAUAG